ACCACAAACCAGAAGCACAUCGCAUUCUGUAGCUACAUCGCGAUGGAAGAGACGACGACGAAGACGAAGACGAAGAAGAGCGAUGAGACGACGCCGCUGCACGUAGCGAUGUUCCCGUGGCUGGCCGUCGGCCACUUCAUCCCCUUCCUCCGCCUCGCCACCCUCCUCGCGCGGCGGGGCCACAAGGUUUCCUUCCUCUCCACCCCCGGCAACCUCUCCAGGCUCCCCAAAAUACCCCCGCCCCUGUCCUCCCUAAUUACCCUCGUGCCCCUCCCCUUCCCGGAGACCCCCGCCGCCGCCGCCCUGCCCCCGCUCGCCCAGUCCUCCUCCGACGUCCCCAACCGCCACCAGCAGCUCCUCAAGCCCGCCUUCGACGCCCUCCUCCCCGCGCUCCGCUCCUUCCUCCGCUCCUCCCGCCCCGACUGGAUCCUCUACGACUACGCCUCCCACUGGCUCCCCGCCCUCGCCGCCGAGCUCCGCCUCCCCCGCGCCUUCCUCAGCCUCUUCGCCGCCGCCGUCCUCUCCUUCUUCGGCCCCCCGGCGGGUCUGGCCUCCGGCGGGAGGUUCCAGUCGGGGGGCGACGGCGGCGGCGGGGACCUCACCGCGGUCCCGCCGUGGGCCCCCGCCGGGUCCGGCCUGGCCUUCCGCCCGCACGAGGUCGCGAGGGUCGCGGAGCGGUCGGAGGCGAGGGUGGAGACCGCGCACGACACUGUGCGGUUCGGGGUCUCGAUCGGGGAGAGCGACGCGGUGGCGGUCCGGACGUGCGAGGAGUUCGAGCCGGAGUGGCUCGGCCUGCUGCGCGAGCUGUACGGCGGCAAGCCGGUUUUGCCGGUCGGGCUCUUGCCUCCAAUGGACGACGAGGAUGAGAGCGAUGACGUGGAAAGCAAAGAGAGAUGGGAAUUCAUGAGAAGUUGGCUGGAUGGGCAGGCGGCGGGCUCGGUGGUCUACGUGGCAUUCGGCACGGAGGUCACGCUGACCCGGGCCGAACUCGCGGAGUUGGCUCUCGGGUUGGACCGGUCCGGGUUGCCCUUCUUUUGGGUGCUCCGGAGGUCGCCCGGGUCGGAUCGGGACGACGGGCUGGAGGGUCUGCCGUCCGGGUUCUUAGAGAGGGUGAAGGGCCGGGGGUUCGUCCACUCCGGGUGGGCCCCGCAGGUGAAGAUCCUGCGGCACGAGUCGACCGGGGGGUUCUUGACUCAUUGCGGGUACAACUCGAUCGUCGAGGGCCUCUCGUUCGGGCGAGUCCUGAUUACGUUCCCCGUGAUGAAUGACCAGGGGAUCAAUGCGAGGCUGCUGCUUGCGAAGGGGGUCGCGGUCGAGGUGCCGAGGGACGAGAUGGAUGGGUCUUUCACGGGAGACUCGGUGGCCGGGUCGGUUCGGUUGGCCAUGGUGGACGAGGCGGGGGAGCCGGCGAGGGCGGCGGCGAGGGAAAUGAAGGGCGUGUUUGGAAGCAAGGAGAUAAACGACGGCUACGUGGAUGAAUUUGUUCGUUACCUGGAAGAGCAUAGGAAGCCAAAGUUCAUGAUGAAUUAGAGCUUCUUGACGAGAUUGGAAUUAGCCAUUGCCCAAAUGUCUAACUUACCAGCUUAUGAUUGUCGGACUGUACAUUUCUUCUACUAUUUGCAAGGUUCAUACCAACUGACAAGAUUAACCUGUAAAUUCUUGAUGCUGUAAUCUUUCCACGAAUUUAUUAAUGAAAAGGAAAAAAAAUGAUUCUAACUUUAUUAUAA